AUGGGACCACAACUAUUCGAUCUUAGGGAGAAGUCAUCUCGGAAACUAUCUUCGGAUCCUGUACUAAAUGGAAACGCGCCAUUAAGAGGCUUCACGGCGUGUGGAAGCAUACUGUUUACUUUCUUAAUGUCUGUAAAAACUAGCCGGCGAGUGGCAUUCAACAGCGGACCAUUGCCUGUUGUGAUCGGGAUCAUGACCUUCACCGUUCCUCUUUUUGUUGGACUUGGUUUCCGGAACAUUUUCACCGACGGCAUAAACCCUAACUACAUGCCGCUAAAAAAGGCCCUAUCCGAGCGCUCUGUGAUCAUCGCAAGCCAAUCCUCCAUACUCUUGCCCACCACCACUUACUUCUUGUCCGAACUCAAGAUCCUUAACUCCGAGUUUGGUCGUCUUGUUCUGUCUGCAUCAAUCAUUAAUGACCUUCUUGGGGUUGCAUUCUUCGUGCUCGCAUAUUCUUCGGGAACAUACAAAAACAUAUCACCCACAACAGCCUACACUGACAUUGUCGCGAUGAUCAUCUUAUUCUUCGUCGUCUUUUUUGUAUUUAGACGUGCUGCCGAAUGGAUCGUAGAACAAACACCAGAAGGCAAACCAGUAGCGAGUAAGUACGUGCAUGCUGUUAUUAUAACCGUAUUGGCCUCUUCAGUUUACUCCACGUUCUUCCACAUGAAAUCCUUAAUGGGACCAUUCAUAAUCGGCCUCUUCGUACCAGAAGGACCACCUUUAGGAUCAUUUUAG